CCCUUCAGACAGUACGAGAAGACCCCCGGAGGGUCCAUGCUUUCGUCUCCUUUACCUUCAUUCUGAGCACAGUUGCCACCCACUGUCGACUACCUCACUUAUAUUCUGCGCGUCUUCAGCACCAAGGCAUGACCUCUUCUUCACCCCUUAUGCGGUAGGAUAGUGGCUGUCUUCAUCAUGCCACCUCCCGCGACGCAGACGGGCGCACAGGCAGCGCCCCCGACCGCAAACCCUCGCGAAUCGACAAAACCGUCCCUAAGCUCCAAGGAUGGUUCUCUUGCCCAUCCCAGUGGACUGGAAGGACAGUCACCCCGGCACGGCCAUCAGAAACUCGUCUUUACCGAUCCGGUUGCCCUCCGAUACCUCGAGGAAGACCCGUCGGCAAUUGUGCUAUAUCGUCGGGUGGCCUUGGAGGGGUACGAGGUUUUCAUCGUUGAACAAUGGGCGUGCACGCGCAUCCAUCCUACAUUUAUCAUCACCACCUAUACGGGAGAUCUGUCACACAAGGUUGUGGUUGGGGUGCUGAGCGUCCCGACAGAUGAGUCUACGUGGUCUCCCCGGCUGAAGAUGUACUUCAGCGCGGUCACACAAUGCCAGGCGCGAAAGAAGGAGACACCCUUGGGGACUUUGAUGAUUACAGACCUGAACGUCUUCCCAUUGGCGUUGACUCUGAUCCCGGUCCCUGACGGCGAUGUCCUCAAACACAAGGAGGACUUUGUUGUGAACGAAAACCUGAAACGGCUGGGUUGCUCAGGCCGCGCUGGCUUAAAGCUACAGCCUCCGUCGCCUGCUACGGAAGCGAAGUUUUAUCACCUGUAUCGUACUAGUGAGAAGGUGCCUCUAUACUCAGCCGUCAUAGAGCUCGUGAAGCAAUGCCAAAUUGCUUUGCUAAUGUUCGGUAAUCUGGCCCCAGAAUAUGUCGAUGGGCUGCUAUGUGAUGUCACAGAGGCAGCCAUAAAUGAUUGGUGGACCCAGACAGGCAUGGACAUAUUCAAUAUGGAACCUAGUGAUAGCAUGAUGGGGCCUAUCUCUGUCGUCGCUUUAUUGGGGACCCUCAUGGGGGCGCGAAACCGGCUUCAUGCCUACGGUGCUCCGGUUAGCAAGGAUGCCUUCGAUAUCCCCAAUCUCAAACGGGGGAUUGGUCAUUUCCAAAAAUCACAGAAGCUCAAACGUACUCGAAGACUGGAUCGCCUGACCUUGGAUCGAUUGCAUCGAGCAACAGCCAAAGCUGCGAACGCGGAGGGCUGGGCGGAUGCUGUCAAAUCCACCAUGGCGGAACUGAGCGGGCACGGAGGCGAGAUGGUCAUGGGGAUGGUCCGCGGCCGCGAAAAGGGUGGAAUUGCCGAUAUCGAAACACUUGAUAUUGAAAACUUCAAGCAUCUGGUUACCGGCCAAAGGGCGAAGUGGCUGUGGAGGGGAAAGCCGCGGAAGGGUGCCAUCGGCGACAACUUUGCCAGUGGCCCGCCAGCUGCAGAUAUGGUGUUCACCACAGACGACCAGGGCGGUUACUUCUGGACAAGCCGAAAGCGAUCCUCGCACGAAGACUUGACGGAUCGUGCUCCGCAAAUCUCAGAUCGUUCCUGGAAGCCUUCAGAUACAACAGCGUCUCUGGACGACAAGGAUCAGAAUCUGAGCAGGAUGGUCCGAAAGGGCGUGAGUGGAAAGGUGUCAGAUGCGCGAGCAGGAUUUGGUCGGUUCAAGGAUGCAGUGGGGCUUCGAUCACAUCCUUCGAAGCAGUCCAGGGAUGGCAUAGACCUAACCGGGGAAUCUUCUCAUCUGCCUCCUAUAGAAAGCGACACCGAGCUAUCUCAGUCGAAGAGGUCUGAAGGUGGCGCCCACACCGAGCCUGAGAGCGUUCUUGACAGUGUCUCAAUUGACGAAGCCCGGGUUGAACAUGCGCCGAAGACCAUUCUACCGCAAUCUCCAACUUCGAGAGCCCCCGCAAUAACCCUAGAAGCGGCUGAAUCCGAUACCGAGUCAGAGUCAUCGCGUAAGAUGUCGUUGACUCGAACAGGUGAUGAUGUUCAAGAUCUAGAGCGCUGGAGGACGGGUUCCACCGAUAUCUCGGCCGAUCGGGACCAAGCGUCUGAAGCCGGUAUCAUGUUGCUACGUCGACCACAGAGCUGCGAAGAGCUGAGCCGCCGGAGCGAUUCCAGACGUCUAGACAACUAUUGGCCUCGCCAUUUGUCCUUCAGCACUGUUGAAGAGGUGGUGCUAGGAUGGGAGAGACUGGGGGGUGAGGCAUUCGAAGAGGACUCCGACACUCCUUUGGAGGAAGCUAUUGUGCAGGAGGAUAUUCUGGCCUCCGAUGCGCGGAUCUUCAGCUCCCGAAUUCAGGAUCUCAGCGAGCAAACCGUCCCCUGGGUAGAGCAGCAAGUGGCUUCGGUGGACGAUCUCAGUCGAUGCCUGCACGACAGUCACGAGAAGGUCAAUGCAGGGUACCUGGAACGGUUGGCGGCGUAUCAGCAACUGCGAGACAAAUCCAGCAGUCUGUUGACCGAAGAGCACACCCAGCUGACCGAUCACAUGAGACGGGUUGAAUUGAUGGGCGCCAAGCUGGACUACGAGCUCCAUGUCCUGGACUCCCGGGUCGAGGACGUUGAAACCAACCUCGACGAGUUCGAGCGGCACGUCAACGCCAUCGAAACCCGAGUCAAGCUGCUGAUACGAGGCGAGCAGGAGAAACAGAGCCACUCCUGGCUUUCCUGGCUCGGGCGAACAACCGGAUGUCCAACCCAAUGACCGAGCGCGUCGGAAGGUCAUU